AACUGCACUCUGGACUGGUCUCUUAGUCAAACAAAAUGGGUGCUGUUGGACUCUCAUUGCUGAGCUACAAACACAGCAGCACAAGGGGCCUUGAACUAUCCUUCAUUCUGCUAUCAGGACUAUCAGACCUUCCACGGCCAGCUUGCCGAAUGUUUUCAGAACACAGUGCAUGGCGGGGCCACCGACCAUCUGUUUACAAAGUGUUAUAUUAAAAAGAAAAACACUAUGCACUUCCUAGCUCUUCCUCUUCUUGACACUCCACAGUCACUAUUGGUGUACAUUAGAUCCUUAGGUUUAUUGUUGAACUAAAGGUCAUCUCGGGAGUUGUGGCCAUUAAUCCUUUUACAAAACAGUGCAGUUAAAAGAAGCAGUUUAGAGGUCUAGACUUGCAAACUCCAGCUAAGAAUACAGACUGGCAAACUGUUCAAGAAGAAAUUUUUCAUUUGGCAUCAAGGUUCUACUUCUAGGAUAAAUACUGGGACACAGGCAAGUCACAGCAAAGACCUUCACUUCCAGCGAUCUCUACCACUGUGAGGAAGGAUUGAAUGAUGUGGCUUCCAGCAUUUGGAAUUACAUCUCAAUAGACAGAAGACGAAAGACUGAAGAUCUAACAUCUAAUCAUAAAUCCAUAUUAAUCUGUGUGAUCUGAAUUACUUUGCAAAAAAUGGGUCUGAAUAUACCUGGGUUGGUAGGUUUGAGUGUGUUUUAUGCCAUAACUUUAGCCACUGGAAUCUGGGCUUCUUUGAGAAGCAAAAGAGAUAAGAAAAAUAGGAGCACAAGUGAAAUGGUCAUGGUGGGAGACAGGAACAUGAAUUUUUUGGUUGGAUUGUUCACUGCAACUGCCACCUGGGUCGGUGGAGCGUAUAUCAAUGGUACAGCUGAAAUUGUCUAUCUACCCACAAGAGGACUAUUGUGGGUCCAAGCACCUGUAGGAUUUGCUUUGUCCCUUGUUAUCGGUGGUCUCUUCUUUGUAAAGCCAAUGAGAUCCAGAAAUUAUGUGACAAUGAUGGACCCUCUCCAAGAAACAUAUGGGAACAUGAUUGCAAGCCUUCUCUUUAUUCCAUCAUUGAUAGGAGAUAUAUUCUGGUUUGCAGCUAUUCUUGCUUCCUUAGGAGCAACAAUGCAAGUCAUUCUGGGCAUCAAAAGCUAUCUGUCUAUCAUUAUUUCAGCAUCUGCUGUUAUACUCUAUACUUUACUGGGAGGCCUAUACUCAGUUGCAUACACAGAUGUGGUACAGCUGCUUUUUCUUAUGCUCAGCUUGUGGAUCUGCAUCCCAUUUGCCCUGAUACAUUCUGCAACAGAAAGCAUUUCUUAUACUGCUACUCAUGACUUCUACCAACCCCCUUGGAUUGGAAAAAUAGAGAAAGAGUAUCUUGGAAGGUGGCUGGAUGACUUCUUAUAUCUGGUUCUUGGAAGUAUCCCAUUUCAAACUUAUUUCCAGCGAAUUCUCUCAGCCGCCUCACCAAGACAAGCAAGUUUCAUUUCCUAUCUCUCUGGGCUGGGAUGCCUUUUAAUGGCCAUCCCCUCCGUGCUCAUAGGGGCAGUAGCAGCAUCAACAGACUGGAAUCAGACAAGCUACGGUCUUCCAAGCCCUUUAGAGAGAGGAGAAUCAGCCAUGAUACUGCCAUUUGUUCUGCACUAUCUCUGUCCAUCAUACAUUUCCAUUGGUGGCUUGGGAGCUAUUGCUGCUGCUGUCAUGUCUUCUGCAGAUUCAGCCCUUCUGUCUGUUGGCUCUUUAUUUGCUCACAACAUCUACAGAAAAAUUCUUAGGAAAAAGGCUACAGAGAAAGAUGUUUUAUGGACAAUGAGAGCCUCUAUGCUGGUGUUUGGGACAGCAGCUGCUGGCCUGGCUUUUUAUUCUCAUUCUAUUUAUGACCUGUGGUUCCUGUCUGGUGAGCUAGUGUAUGCCCUCCUCUUUCCUCAGCUGUGCUGUGUGCUCUUCAUACCUCACACCAACACAUACGGCUCAGCAGCUGGGAUCCUCUUAGGGUUCCUCCUGAGGCUGUUGGCAGGGGAGCCGUCCCUGAAAAUCCUUCCUGUUAUCCACUACCCAGGCUGCUGCCUUGUGGAUGGGGUCUAUGUUCAGCUGUUCCCUUUUAAAACAUUCACCAUGCUGCUCACUUUGGGGAUCAUAGUCUCUGUUUCCUAUCUGUCAGCAUUUUUGUUUAAAAGAAACCUCCUCUCUCGCAGAUGGGAUGUUUGCAACAUUAUGAAAGAAAACAGUGUACACAUCCCUCUGCGCCAGCUGGAAAAGCAGAAGGACUUGCAAGGGACUGUAUUGCCAGAGAAUCAUGACUAAAUGCAGAGCAUCAGUUGAAAGGCAAUUAAGCAAACUGCAGUUUUGUUACCAGGUCAAUGAUGUUUCUUCUUUAUUCUUCCCUGUCUACCGGUGAAUUUUUCAAAGCCCACAGUAGAGUCAUAAAGAAAGUCAGCAAGCACUCCAUUAACACCACAAGGAUAAAGGAAGUCAGAGUCUGCAAUACUGAAAGGUGUGCAGUAAUGCAAAUGGCUGUGUGGUGAUUAGUAUGAAAUAUUAUAAAAUAAAACCUGCUCCUGCUUGGUUUUGGUACAACAGUCUUUGCAAAAUGCAACCAUGGUGAGCGGUUAAAAGCCAUUUCCUGACAUAGAUAAAAUUCAUAUGUUACACCUCCGUAUCUCACAACACUGGUAUUAAUGAAUGCUUUAACAGAUUGUACAUUGAGAAGAAACUGCUGUCAUUGCCAUAAAUGGGAGUUUUACUAUACAUUUCUACCACUGCAUUUUUCAGGGUUAAAUUUGUCACAAUCUUAAAUGCCUGCUUUUCAAUGCAGAGCCUGCUUAUGAUGCCCAGCUGCCACAGAAAGAUUUGCUCAAGGUUCAUGCCUUGAGCUUCAUCUCUCUGUUCAAGCUCUUAUUUACUCAAGAAGGACAGAAAUGGAAGCAGUAAUAUCCACCGUUGUCAUUUGAAAAGAUACUUCCCUGCACAUCCACUCCACUCCAUACCUUUUCCUCCUAAACCUGUCAUUCCCUCCAACAAAUAUAUU